UGUCCACACAUAUCAUCAGCAUCACUCAGCCCACCCCGACCCAAUCAAUCCGUUUACAGAGAAGACUGCACACUCUGCUUUGAUAGCAUCGAUUCGCCCGAAGGUCUCGACGUUUGCCUGCAUUGCUUCAACGGAGGAUGUGCCACUGAACGCCAGCAUGGCGCAAAACACGCCCAAGAAGCGAGUCACCCUCUAGCCCUCAACAUCAAGCGCACACGCAAGCAAAAGCACAGAGAUGAGCCACCACAANAGAUGUCAAAGCUGGCCAUCAACGCCGAAACAGAGGAAGAUCGCUUCGACACUGUCUCGACUGUCAAGUGCUUCGAGUGUGGCCAAAAUGAUCUAGACAAGAGCCAGGGAACCCUAGCUGCCGUAGUUGACGGUGUGCUCAAGGCAAACACUUUCGCAAAGCAAGAGGAGGUCAAGGCUUGGGAACAAGAGAUGGUUCCGUGUGAGCAUACACUGUGUCUGGAACAAGAGGCUGCUCGUCAGAUCCAUUCGCAAUCUCUGGGUCACUGCUCUCAGUGCGAUCUAAACCAGAACCUCUGGCUUUGUCUUACUUGCGGUAACCUGGGCUGCGGAAGAGCUCAGUUUGGUGGUGUUGGCGGCAACUCACAUGGUGUGGCACAUACCGAUUCCACGGGACAUCCUGUCGCUGUGAAGCUAGGCUCUCUGACCGCCGAUGGCAAUGCCGAUAUUUACUGCUACGCUUGCAACGAAGAACGUACCGAUCCCGAACUUGUCGCCCAUCUUGCUCACUGGGGUAUUGACAUUGCUGACCUCGAGAUCCAGCUGCGCAAGAUGGCAGAUGGUCUACUUUCAGGACGUUACGCGAUUCCCAACUCGGAUGUCAUCGCCUCUGAAGACACUACAGAACAACCACACCAGAAAGGCCUGGCUCCUGCCAUGCUCAAGCACCUUAUCGGAAGAGGUCACGAAGAAUUCUCCACUAUGCGCCAACAAGAUGCCUUUGAGUUCUUGCUUCACCUGCUCAAGCUCGUCACUCGCUCACAACGUGCCGCAAAGGAUCAGUACAAGGAUGUUUCGGACCCUGUCGAUGCCUUCCGCUUCGUCAUGGAACAAAAGCUACAAUGUCUGGACUGCAGCAAGGUUCGUUACCGUCAAGACGAGGUGGAGAACAUCUCCGUCGCAGUACCCAUCAAGCGUUUGCCAAAGGACACAAAGAUGGAAGGUGUGACUCCUGCGCCUGAUGGUUCUGCGGAAAAGGAAACAGAAGAGUUUGAGUCUGUGACUCUUCAACGCUGCCUAGAAGAGUUCACCGCACCAGAGGUGGUUGAGUUGAAUUGCAGUGCAUGUGGAGGCAAGAACUUUACCAAGCAAUCCCUAUUCAAGACUUUCCCUACUGUCCUGGCUGUCAACGCUCGUCGCUUCGAGAUUGUGAAUUGGGUCCCCACCAAGCAAGACGUUCCUGUCAUUGUUGACGAGGGUACUAUCGACUUCGAAGCUUACCGCAGCAAAGGCCAACAGCCUGGUGAGGAGCUUCUGCCCGAAGAUGCUACCGACGCAGGGGCCGCUUCAAAUGCCUUUGUUCCCAACGAAGCUGCUCUCAGUAUGCUUGAAGCCAUGGGAUUCCCUCGAGUUAGAUGUGAGAAGGCACUCCAUGCUACUGGCAACACAGAUGCAGAGACGGCCAGCUUGUGGUUGUUUGAGCACAUGGAAGACCCGGACAUCGAUGAACCCAUGAAUCUCUCGGCAGGUGGCGCUGGUGCUGGUGCCAGCGGCGCAGUGGACCCCGAGAAGAUUGAGAUGCUUGGAAACAUGGGCUUCGAGCCGCCGCAAGCGCGCCAGGCAUUGAAAGAGACCAACGGCGACAUGGAGCGUGCAGUUGAGUGGCUGUUCAACCACCCCGAGGCCACUGGUGACUUUGGAGACGCGCAACAGGAUACUGGCGACAAGGCUGAGAAUGAACCAAAGGCAGUUGUGGAAGACAACAAGCCUGCCAAGUUCAAGCUUCAGUCCAUCGUGUGCCACAAAGGCAGCUCGAUUCAUGCUGGCAUAAUAGUCNACUACGUCGCUUUCAUUCGCAAGGAUCCAGGAUGGAUCUUGUUCAACGACGAGAAGGUCGCCCUGGGCGGAGAUGUCGAUGAGAUGAAGAAAUUCGCCUAUGUCUACUUCUUCCGUAGAGAAUCUGUA